AUGCUCUCAAACGGAGGGUUUUAUCUCGGAAAACUGCUGGCGAAAAAGGAGCGGAGAGAAGAAGUUGUGAAAAUUCUGAAAGUAAUGUUGAAGAGACACGGCAACAUGUUGGACAGGCAGUUGUCCAGCAGGUACCAAAUGAAUGCAUCAGACACCACGUGUCUCUUUUCUUUUCAGUGCCUGCAGUGAACAUGUAAUUGAGAUGUUCUUCGAGAAGAAUGAUAAAGCCCGACAGUUUGUGAUUGAUUUGUUCUCGAAUUCGAAUUGCAUCAGAGAACAGUAAGUGAUGUGACCGGAAGAAGUACACGAAUGAGUAGAGUUCAGAAUGGAAACGGAGGGGUUCAUCGAGCGACUACUCGCGUGCUCCAUCCCCGAGAAGAACCGAAUGCUGGCCGCGUUCUCGCAGACAGCUUGGGGCCGGGCGAAACUGAGAACGAGCGGCGCCCUGAAUGUGGUCAUCGAAGUGUUCGCAUCGUCGGAACUCAUCGAGGAGAAAGUGUCCAUCGUGGCAUCCUUCCGACACUUUGUGCAUGAUACGGCCGGAAUGAGACAUUUGAGUGAGAACUCGACAUUUGUGAAUACUGUAGUAAAAGAUGUCAAUAGUUAUGUGGAAAAGAACAAAAGUGAGUGCGAGCCAGCGGUUGACAUUGAAUUCGUACGGAGACUGCGAAGUAGCACAACCGAUCGGGUUCCGGAAGAGAAAAAUAAUCAGAAUGCGGUAAGAAUGAGACAAUGAUGAUAGCUCCUAUUAAUAACAUUCAGGAAGUUCUCGACUGCGGAAGGUUGCAUAAGGAUUUCUACUCGAUGUGGUCGUACGACACUCCGCAGAUGUCUCCGCACAGAGCCAUUUCGGCUUCGAUGUCUCCGCGGAGAGUCGCCUCGGCAUCGACGUCUCCUCCGUACGGAUCCAUUUCUCCCAACUACAGUUUCCCUUCGUCUGUGGCAUCAAGUGCGGCAUCUUCCCCGGCAUCGAAAAGGUCAGAAACUCCCUCUAAUGUAACAGAGAAAGAGCAUAGUUUUCCAGACAGAACGACGAUAUUCUCGAUGAACUGAGUGACGUGGAAUCUGAAAAUGAAGCGGAGAAAAACGAAGAAAAUGAAGAAGAAAAAACGGGAAAACUAGAAAAAACGGUGGGUGUUGACCGGACGGGAACAAUCUGAAAUUGUCUUCUUUGUUUUGAAGAUAGUCGAGGGCGAAUUGUGGUUGUUGACGUGGCUCUCCCAGGACGACUACAAUCUGCAGUUCUUAAUCCGUCCGGACGUUGUCGAUUGCGUCGUGGCCUACCUGAGAUGCACCAACGCGCCAGACUUCCGAACAUAUCGCGUUCUCCGCCGAAUGGCCACUCAUCGAACUCACGUCUACCGACUGCUCGAUCUUCAAUUCCACGUCAGAAUCCUAACCGGUCUUUGUGCGUCUCCGUGCAGAAUGCUCAAGUACACAAAAGCAUGCAAACACUGCGACACGUGUUCGGAGCACGGACGGGAGAUUCUUCGAGAAUUCGCAAGCCACGUGGACAACAGCUAUGGAGAUGCACACAUCAAUUCGCAGUUCACUAAAGAAGAUUUUGUACACCGAACGAAGGCCGCCAUCGCUAAAAUUGUGCUUGUCAAGUAGGGAACUCGCUUACUUCUUCACUAAACAGAAAUUUCAGAGAAAGAAUUAGAUUGGCCAAGGUUCCUGCGCUUACUGAGCUCUUCAAUGCUUUGGAGCACUUAAUGAGCUCUCCUGAAAGUUUUGAGGAAUGGGGAAAGAUGACGACGUACGAGAACGGGCCGUCGUUCGCCUCGCAGAUCAUCGGUGCCCUUUCCAUUCUGAUCAGUGGACACAAAAUCAAGUAGAAACCCCCUAUUUUAGGUCGCCAACACGUUGCUAAUUUUCAGAGAGUUGUGUGAUAACGAUAUGUGGUACUUCCCAGUGGAAGACGGAAAAGGAAAAUGCGAGGUGGAGGAAGUUGCUCCAGAUGAAGAGAUGCUCCAUUUCGUCGACGAGAAUGACGAACCGAUUGUCGCGGCUCCCAUGAAGAAGAUAUGCGAAAACAGUCAUUAUUUUGAGGUUGCAGGCAACAAGUGUCUUUAAAACGGUAUAUUAUUUGCAGGGAAUGUACUCGUCGGACUUUGUCGAGAAGACAAAUGGGAUUCGUAUUUUCCAAGUACAAUCCGAUUCGUGUUCGCCAGAAGAGUUCCGUCUGUUCAUCCAUCUGCUUUCCACCUGUUCCGGCGCCUGCACAACCGUCUCUUCUGCAGAACAGUGUGCCACUUUGCUAGCGGUCAGCUGAAAGCGGCUCGGAAAGAGACGAAAAUAGAAUGUUUACAGCUGUCCGACCAGUUCCUCUGUCCUCGGAUUUCAACGCAACUCUGUGCGGACGAUGGACCUUUACGGACGUUUCUGAACGGUCGCAGUCUGCAUCUUUUGCUGCCCGUGGCAUUGGCUACUAAUGCGCAUCCGACGUAAGUUCGGGAGACAGAAUAAAUCUUCUCGAGAAUGGAAUCCUUAUGCGAUAAUGAUCUGGGUUGGAACGGCCUCCACCGCCCUUUAGUCCCCUCCGAAAACAGUUUUUCUUUCCAGGCUACUCGACACCGUUUACCUGACGUUGGUGCGUUUCUCGUCGUCAGAAGACGUCACUCGAGCGUUAGAAGCAAUUUGCGCGAAUGCAACAGUGGUCAAUACAUUUGUGACAAGUCUGAGAACGUUCUUGACAACCAAAUGCUAA